AAAAUCUACCGUAGAAAUCAAUGUAAUGACAGCAGACGAGUAUCCACUAUCCAGAAAGUGAAGGUCCAUCAAUGGAGGAGGGAGUUCGCAGAUGGUUGGUGAACACAUCAAAGUGGUGCCCAUCUUCCCAAGACUUCUCUUUGGCCCUCUCUCUCUUCCCUCCUUCUCAACGCUCCUCAAUCCUCAGAUUCGUUAAAAGCGAGGAUAGGAAGAGGGCAUUGGUCAGUCGGCUGCUUCAGUAUGCUCUGUUGCAUCAAGUGCUGGGAAUCCCAUACGAGCAAAUUAGCAUCAAACGCACCUUGGAAGGCAAACCAUAUCUGGAACGUGAUAAAGAUGUCACGGAGUUUCCCAAUUUCAAUUUUAAUGUCUCCCAUCAUGGUGAUUAUGUGGCAAUAGCAUCAGAACCACUAUGCCUUGUGGGGUUGGAUGUUGUUUCUUGCACUAUUCCGUGGAAAGAAACGGUUACUGAAUUCAUUCAAAACUUCUCAUCAUAUUUCUCAAGAUUGGAGUGGAAUUUUAUAAUAGGUGCAGGCAAUGAAGAACAAAUUUUGGUUGAAUUUUACAGAUAUUGGUGCUUGAAGGAAGCAUAUGUCAAAGCCAUUGGCAGUGGAUUGGCAUGUGGGUUGGAUAGAGUCGAGUUUCACCACACUGGUUGGACAAACAUAAAUGUUAAAAUUGACGGAACAUCUUCGCCGCACUGGAAGUUUUGGCUCCUCGAUUUGGGAGAAAAACAUUAUAUAUCCAUUGCAAGGGGUCACCCGAGAUCAGCAGCCGAAAGCUACAAGAGCACAUUGAAAAGAGUGGAAUUUUCUGAGGAUGAAUAUUUUGCUGGUUUCCAUCUUCCAGAUGUUAGUUUCAUCUCGCAAACAGUGGAACAGCUCAUCUCGAUUCUACGGGAUGCCAAGAAAGCCUGAACCACCGAAGGGGCGUGCAAUGCGGCGUUAGCCGGAGAUGGCGGCAGAAACCAAAAUAGCAGUGUCAACCAUUUCGAGGGUCUUGUUUAUAUAUCUGUAAUGCAAGCAAAUUGCUAUUGGAUUGAGGUUGAAGAAAUGUAUUCUAUCUUUUCUGGCGAACGAAGAAAUGCAUGUACUGUCACAAAUUCAAGCAAUAGUGUCAAGGAAAAGGCCCAAUCAUCUAUAUAUAUUAUCAACUCCGUCGCCAGGAA